AUGAACCAACAAGAUCUGGACUGCGUUCUGGUGCCGGCCGGCCUCACCAUCAUGUUGGCUUACCAUCUAUGGCUUCUCCGCCGCAUCGCUAAACACCCGACCAAGACUGUCUCUCUCUUUCUCUCUCUCAAAUGCAUACCUGUUCAUGCAGAUGUUGGCAUCAUGAUACAGAACUCGACUAAGAACGGAGUCCUGGCUAUCCAAACCCUAAGGAACAACAUAAUGGCGUCGACGUUGUUAGCCACCACAGCGUUCAUGCUCUGCUCGGUGAUCGUCUACCUAAUGACCAACAGCGGCGGGAAUGGAAGCUCAAGCAAGCAUAGCGGACAGGACUUGGUGCUGGGCGACCGAAGCAAGCUGGGUCUCUCCGUCGAGCUGUUCUCCAUCUUAGUCUGCUUCGUGCUCGCCUUGCUUCUAAACAUCGAAGCCGUUCGGUACUACAGCCACGUUAGCAUCCUCAUCAACGUGCCUCUCCGGGGCCGGCGGUCACCGGCGCACCUCGAUACAGCGGAAUAUGUCGCCAAGGCCAUGAACAAGGGGAGCUAUUUCUGGUCUGGUGGACUCCACCCCUUCGACCUUUCCCUUCCUUUCUUCCUGUGGAUCUCUGGGCCCAUUUCCAUGGUCAUCCGCUGCUUGCUACUGGUGUGCUUCUUGUACCGAGGAGGAGAAAGAGAAUGGUGGUGGUGGCGGUGA